CAUUUCGUCAACUCUAUAAGAACUCAGUUAGGAAUAAUUUUUGAACCUACAAGAAUGGCUGAAGAUAACUCCUGGGUGUUUGAUUCCUUGGUAUGUUUUCUACAUGGCCCUGUUUGGAAUGCUCCAUUGCAGACCUUUAUAGAAGAGAAAUCAUUGAUUUUUGAUCCGAAUAUUCAACCAAACGAAACAAAUCCCGAGUACACAAAAAUCCACGAUGAAUACAAGAAUCUGGUGGAUUUUAUGUUGGGCAGUUUUAUGGAGGAAAUGCAGAUUACUCCGGAACAAUUCGAAAUGGCUUGCUUAGAAGGUCGCACCCAGAAGGGCGAAGGUUCGUUUAAUUUUCAUCAGGGACUGUUUCAGCAGAUUUGGGCAGCAAAUGAUAUCAAAAUGUUCAUCCGAAUGAUGACCCAACGUAAUGUGGAGAUUCAAUUGCAGGCAUUAGACCUGAUAGAAAGAAGGCAGCAAUCCAUGUCCUCGGAGAAGGAUGACACCCAAGAAGAAGCAUUAAAAGAAGGAUCUUUUGAAGAAUUUCCGGAAGCUGAGGAAAUCAUAGCUAAAUCAGUUGAAAAGGAUUUCGAUACACCAGAGGCGGCACUCACACCCGAUGAACCAGAAGUCGCUGAUAAAUUCGAAAGACUCAAUAUAUUUUUUGAACAUCAAAAGAUUGAUCCAGAAGAUAUUCAAAGUCGACAACAAUAUCUCCGAGAACAAAGGGAUAAAAUAAUUGCUAUUAAGAAGAAGACUCGCGCCAAACAAUUGAACGAUUCAGCUGAAAAAAGUGAUCGGCCGUCAUCUGCUCAAGUCGCACAAAAAAUUCUAGAUGGUGAUUCAGAAGAGCUUUUGUUGAGCGGUGCUGGUAACUCAGAGAAGAAUUCGGCUUCGAUGCAGCUGCGUAAGACUUUAGCAAGACGUCUGCGUACUGAGGUUGUUGAACAACAGUUUUAAAAGGCUCACUUUAGAUUCGAAAUAAAUUUAAAUCAAGACUUGUUAGUGUUACUUGUUUUGUUAGAAAUAAACCUUACUCACUAUUUAUGCUAUUAAAAAUAUCUUUAAUAUUA